CAAUACUCAGGAUUUGGAGGACAUUUAGAAGAAUAUGACAAAACAUAUUGGAAUUGUAUAAUUAGAGAAACACAAGAAGAAAUAGGAUUUCAACUAAAACCAGGAAAACUACAGUUCAUACAAACACAUGAUUAUUUAUCUAAAAACAGAUCAGGAACAGAUCCUAUUAUCAACAUUGAUAGAAACGAAUCUUUUGAACCAGUAUAUUAUAUAGAAAUAGCAAUGUACUUAUAUUUAGCAUUACCACAUGAGUGGGAUAACAUCAAAUACAAAGAACCUGAAAACAUGAGUAAACCUCAAUGGAUGACAAGAAACCAAAUGGACUAUCAAAUAUGGACACCAUCUAUUCAAUAUUAUAAGGACCAAAUAUUUGACAA